GUUGAGUCAAGCAGCACGAGCGCUGAAGAUCCGCGUGCGAAAUGAAAAGGUGAUAUUUAGCCAAAUGCUCACAGACUCCUCACAGAGAUGGUGACGGAAGAACAAACCUUUUAGCUCUACUGGAGAUGGAGGAGCCUGGGGAGGAGAAACUGUGUGGGAAAUGGAGUGUUGGCUGUGGUUUUUACAAUAACAACUUGAAGGACGUCUUCACAUGGCGACUGGUGAAGACCAUCGCCUUGGGCCAGGUGUUGUCCCUGCUUAUAUGUGGAACAGCAGUAAGCUGUCAGUACCUGGCUGAAGCUAGGGUGGAGACACCCGUGCUGCAGAGCUUACUCAACUACACCCUUCUGCUGCUCGUCUAUACAACAGUCCUCAGUACCCGCAAAGGUGACAGGAACCUUUUACAUGUUUUAAAAACCAACUGGUGGAAGUAUUUGGUGAUGGGUCUGGCAGAUGUAGAGGGUAACUACACAGCUGUUAAGGCCUACCAGUAUACCACCCUGACAAGUAUCCAGUUGCUGGACUGCUUUGUGAUUCCGGUGCUCAUGCUGCUCUCCUGGUUCCUGCUGAAGACUCGCUACAGGCCAAUCCACUAUGUAGCUGUGAUGGUGUGUCUGCUAGGAGUGGGGGCCAUGGUCGGAGCUGACGUUCUGGCUGGAAGGGACCAGGGCUCCACCAGUGACGUGUUGCUGGGGGAUGGUCUGGUUCUGCUCAGCGCUGUCCUCUACGCAGUGUCCAAUGUGUGCCAGGAGCACACUGUGAAGAAGCUGAGUCCAGUCGAGUUUCUGGGCAUGAUGGGUCUCUUCGGGACUCUCAUCAGCAGCAUACAGCUAGUUGUACUGGAAACACAUGCAGUAGCAGAAGUAAAGUGGGACCUUAAAAUCGUGCUGCUGUUUGCGGUGUAUGCACUGUGCAUGUUUGCACUGUACAGCUUGAUGCCUGUGGUGGUGCAGAUGACCAGCGCCACUGCAGUCAACCUGUCCCUGCUCACUGCUGACCUCUUCAGUCUGUUCUGUGGCAUCUUCCUCUUCCACUACACUUUUUCAGCUCUGUACAUCGUCUCGCUUGUCAUCAUCAUUGUGGGUUUCAUCAUGUUCAACGCCGUCCCCACGUACUCGGCUUUAUCAGAGUCCAGUUCUGAUGAGACAGAUCUUGUCCAACGGGCCGCGGAUCCCUCUGCUGACCAUAUGCUGACAUCAAAGAGGACGGACGAUGUCAUUGCUGUUGCUGUACUCUGACCCAAAUGAAUGAGAGUGACUUGGAGGACACAAGCUGGUCUUUGUGUUGUAAGAAAGGCAGCUGAGUGCACUGGAGCUGAGGUUUGUCCUGUUAAUGGAUGAAGCUCAGUUUAACAUUAGGACACUUCUCCUGAUUCUUACACAAUUAGAUGAAUUAUUUUCGGUAUUUAAGAUAUCUAAUACAGACAAAAUACAAUCAUAUAAGAACUCGCUGCAUUAUAUGUUGUGAUGAAAAUUUUUAAACAGUGUUUUAAUGCCUGUUGACUUGAUGAAACGUUACCAUGGAUAUUUAUUCAGUAACAAUGAAGAUCUGUUUCUGCGCUCGUACUGUACAUCGACUAUUAUCCAAAAACCAUCCCACAAGUUACUGCUACUUCAGAUGUAGACAUGCACAAUAGAUCAUUUGAGCAUUGACAUUGCAAUGUACGUGUGCGUAAUAGUCACAUGGCAGGUCCUGCAAUGUAGGAGGGAAAUGAACUCAACAUGUUCUCAUCUUAUUUCAAGGGAAUGUGACACACACUGCUCGCAGUGAUCCACCAAUCACAAUCAUUCUCAGUCAGUUUGGAGUGAGUUGCUGGUAACAAUAUAAAAAAAUGAGCAACAAACAAGAGAAAAUCACCAAAAACUAAGAUUUGGUGCCAAAGAGUAAAGCAAUGUCAGUUAUCUGGAAUUAUUUCAGCUACAAGAAGGAUGAUACUGUAACACGUGUUCUGUGUCGAUAGUGCCUUGCACCUGUUGCCACAACCAGACGAAACACAACUAA